CGAUAGUCGAGAAACCCAGAUUACUUUCCCUUUUAUCUGUGUGGUUCAUACCAGAAAACAGUAGAUAGCAGUUGCUUUGCUCUCUGUUUUAAUCUCAGAUUUUAACUCCCACAACACGACACCAUUUUUGAUCUGACUGAUAUUGUCUUUAUUCAUCUACAAAAAGACACGCACACUCAUUUAUCAAAAGUACAAGGAUAUUUUGAGGCGGUGGACUGAAUACAAAGCCCAAAUUUUGGACUGACUUUCCCAAUCGUGAUUGAGACUUUUAAUUUCGGAACUGCUGCAAUUUUUUUACAGGCAUUUAAGUGGGUGACCUCCUAUUGGUAAAUGAUCUGAAAAAGGAGGUUUUUUUUUGAAAUGGCUAUGGUUAGCAAAACCAGAACUAUGCUGGAGGGUCUGGUUAAAGAUGGGUCAUUUAAAUGGUUGACGAAAAACCCGAGUUCACUUGAUGAAGAUUUAGAGGAGAUGGGGUCUUCAUCCACUGGCAAGAACUGGUUGCCUGAGCUAUCUCCUGUUGCAAAUGUCGUUAUCCGAAAAUGCUCAAAAAUCCUUGAUAUUUCCAUGAGUCAACUUCAAGAAAACUUUGAUGCAGAGGCUUCUGAUUCCAUAAAGCAUAAAUCUCAGUAUGCUAGGAACUUCUUGGAAUACUGUUGCUUCAGGGCUCUUGCCUUGUCUAUACAAGUAAAUGGUUACCUAGGCGACAAACUGUUUCGACGCCUUACAUUUGACAUGAUGGUUGCAUGGGAGUUUCCAGCAGCUUCUAGCCAGCCUUUCGCCAGUAUGGAUGAAGAUGUCACUGCUGGCUCAGAGGCUUUUUCCCGUAUUGCUUCAGCAGUUCCUAUAAUUGCCAAUGUGAUAGUUACUGAUAGCAUUUUCGGUGUGCUUACGUCGUCAUCAGGCGGUCGACUUCUUUUCUCAGUUUAUGAUAAGUACCUGACUAAUUUGGAAAGGGCUAUUAAAAAAUUUAAGACCCAGUCUGAGUCGUCCCAUCUUUCUGCCUUACGUGCAGCAAGAGGGGAGAAAAUUCUGGAGCUGGAUGGCACUGUGACAACCCAGCCGGUGCUUGAACACGUGGGAAUUUCGGCAUGGCCUGGUCGGCUGACUUUGACAGAUCAUGCUCUCUACUUUGAGGCACUUCGUGUUGUGUCUUACGACAAGGCAAAGAUAUAUGAUCUGUCAGAUGAUCUAAACCAGAUUGUUAAACCGGAGCUAACUGGACCAUGGGGCACAAGACUCUUUGAUAAAGCAGUCUUGUAUAAAUCAGUUUCCUUGUCAGAACCUGUUAUAAUGGAGUUUCCUGAGCUUAAAGGACAUACGCGUCGUGACUAUUGGUUAGCAAUUAUUCGGGAAGUUCUACAUGUGCAUCAGUUCAUACUUAAGUUCCAGAUUACUGGAAUAGAGCGUGAUGAGGCGCUUCUGAAAGCUAUAUUUGGUAUAUUGCGAGUACAAGCCCUGAAGGAUAUGAGUGCUAAACAUUCACUUUGUUAUGAGGAUCUUCUUAUGUUCAAUGUAUGUGAUCAGCUUCCCGGGGGAGACCUUAUAUUAGAAACAAUUGCAAAUAGGUCAACUGUGAGGGAAUCAGAGCGGACAAACUCUCCCAAACCUAAAAACAGAAUGUACUCAAUUUCGGCUUCAGCCUUGGCUUCCAACCUGGGUUUUGUUUUUGGAACAAGUUCUCAUGUCCCUAAUGAGACAGGAAUUGUUGUGGGUGAAAUUGCUGUGGGGGAGAUGACUCCCUUGGAAAAAGCAGUUAAGGAAUCCAGAAGCAACUAUAAAAAAGUAGUGCAAGCACAAGCUACGGUUGAUGGAGUGAAAGUUGAUGGUCUUGACACCAACUUGGCAGUAAUGAAGGAGUUGCUCUCUCCUAUGAUGCAGCUUGGAAAUUGGAUACUUCUUCUGGCUUACUGGGAAGACCCUUUUAAGUCCAUGAUUUUCUGCUCGGUUUUCUCAUACAUUAUUGUCAGGGGAUGGCUGUGCUACGCCUUUGCGCUAUUGCUCACCUUUUUUGCUGUCUUUUUGGUAAUAACUCGCUGUUUUAGUCAAGGCAAGACAGUUGAUGAACUAAAAGUAAUAACUCCACCUCCAAUGAAUGCCAUGGAGCAACUUUUGGCUGUUCAAACUGCAAUAUCUCAAGCUGAAGAAGUGAUCCAGGACGGAAACAUCGUUCUUCUCAAGUUCCGCGCUUUACUUUUGUCCAUCUUCCCACAGGCAAGCGAGAAGUUAGUGGGUGCUCUUUUGGUCUCGGCACUAGUUUUGGCAUUCGUACCUUCGAGAUGCAUAAUCCUUAUGAGUUUCCUGGAACUCUUCACAAGAUACUCACCUCUUCGGAAAGCAAGCACAGAAAGAUGGACUAGGAGACUAAGGGAGUGGUGGUUCAGUAUUCCGGCAGCUCCUGUAGUUCUUGAAAGAGCCAAAGAAGACAAAAAGAAAAGAUGAUAAAAAACUUUGUACAUAAAUAUCCAUCAUCCUUAGAGUCUCCUGUGACUGUAAAUUUGUGGUAUAUGAGAAAGUAAUUAAAGAAGAAUCCGGAUUGGCCUUGAGGUCUCCGUUAACGUCUGCUGUUGGUUAUGUAUCACUGCCUCUGGGGAUUCGAACUCGUGUGUUGUAUUGUACUGACCAUGAAGUACUAUAUUGCUUUGUCCAAUCUUCCAAGGGAAAUAGCAAUGGCUUAUUGGAGAAAUCAA